CUGUACUCACGAUGACAUGAUUCUCGAAGCCCCUGAAAAUACGUCAAUGUAUGCCUAAAAAUACUAUAAUUUAUAUUAUUUACAACGCUAUAUGUAGACCCUAAUCAUAUAGCAAAUGUUUUCACGUACCGACUGACAUCAUCAACGAACAAAUAUUGCAUUAUUGAAUUUCAUUCUGAUAAAAUUCCAUUCCUGACCCGCAGUCUUGAAAUACAACCAUGGCCGGAGCGUUACUCUUAUUACAAAACCGAAUGUACCUAAAAUAACAAUGAAUUUGCUCAAUUUCAUUUCAUUUCGUUCGAUGUUAUGGAAACCUGAUGACAGUUAAUUAAGAGGCCCAAAAUAAAAUGAGGUGAAAAUUAUGGAAAUUUCUCAAUGGUUGAUUAAUAUAAAUCAUCGUAUUUUUAGACAGUACAGAGUUUGUCUUUUUUUGGACAGUCAAUCAAGAGACCCAAAAAAGUAUAAAUAUGGGGUUGCAAAUGUCUGGAAAUCAUUAAUUUCAGAUCAAUUAUAACGACUGUAUGGUCACAAUUGAAUUGUAAAUUCCGUGAAAGAUUCUAAAAAUGAAUUUGAAAGCUAUUGUGAGUGUAAUAAUUUGUUUGAGUAUAGUGAAUCUAUCGAAAUCAAAAUCAUAUGAAUCAGCAACAAAGUCAUCGUGUAGUUGUUCAAAGCAUUUUACACCGGUGUGUGGUUCGGAUGCUAUCGUAUAUGAUAACAAAUGCUGGUUCGAUUGUGAAGCAACUAAGAAUAAAAAGUUGAAGCUUCAAUGCAACAAAACGUGCGAUGAAUGUCCAACCAAAGUCGCAUGCCGUUGUGCAAACGAGGAUAGACCAGUAUGCGGUUCGAACAAUGUUACAUAUGGGAAUCCAUGCUUGCUUGCUUGUAAACAAGCCAACUUUGAGCUUCUCUAUCGAAGAUGUGAUGAUCGAUGCGAAAAGUGCCAAGUCGGAAAACCGUGCAUCUGUACAACCGAGUAUAAUCCUAUUUGUGGUUCAGACAACGUUACAUAUGGGAACCCAUGUGAAUUCUGUUGCGCACAAGCAAUAAAUCCGAAUUUAGAUGCAAGAUGCUAUAACGAUUGUGACUCAUGCCCGAAAAAAGAAAAUCCGAAGCUGCACAUUGUUUGUCAUGACAAAUGCAUCUGUACGAAAGAAUAUCAGCCGGUGUGUGGCUCAAAUGGCGUUACGUACGGUAACAAAUGCUUGUUCGAUUGUGCAGCAGAAAAAGAUCCGGAUUUGAAACUCGUAAGUCAAGGUGAGUGCAAGAAAAAGUCUCAUUGUGGCGGAACGAAGAGUUUGCACCACAACAGACAUAAGAAAAAGAAUUCUUCAUCUUCGUCAUCCUCGUCGUCGUCCUCUUCAUCAUCGUGUUAAUCUUCUGAACAUUUACGAAAAAAAUUGCCCCCUAAAUGAAAGAAUCAGCGUACGGAACGAGUGGAAAUAAUAGCAAGACAAACAAGGGAAAAAAAUGGAAUUGCAAAAACUUUAAGAAAUUGAAUUGAAUUGAAAGUAAUUUUCAUUAGAUUAUCACAUUGAUCAUAUGCUGUAUUUAUAACAAAAUUAUUGGAUUGAAAUGG